AUGACCGUUUCUCGAGUAGCCAAAACGGCCCAGCUUGCCGCCCAGGCAGUGAAAACCAACCCCAACGCGUUGCGGCUGUUGCCCGGCGCCGGGGCCUACCAGUCGUUGCGGAUGCUCGACCUCGCCCAGCUGCUGAAGCGGUUGCUGCUGUCGCUGCUGGGCACCAAGAAGAUCACCGUAAGAGAUGCGUUGAACUCGGCCAUCGCCGAGGAGAUGGACCGCGACCCGGACGUGUUCUUGAUGGGUGAAGAAGUCGCCCAGUACAACGGUGCCUACAAGGUGCUGAGAGGGCUUUUGGACCGCUUCGGCGACAAGCGCGUCAUCGACACCCCUAUCACCGAAAUCGGGUUCGCCGGUCUCGCCACCGGUGCCGCCUUCGCCGGGUUAAAGCCCGUGCUUGAAUUCAUGACGUUCAACUUCGCCAUGCAAGCCAUUGACCAAAUCAUCAACUCCGCCGCCAAGACCUUCUACAUGUCGGGGGGUAAGUUGCCUUGUAACAUCACUUUCAGAGGUCCCAACGGGGCUGCUGCCGGUGUCGCCGCCCAGCACUCGCAGGACUACGCCGCCUGGUACGGGUCCAUCCCCGGGCUUAAGGUGUUGUCUCCCUAUUCGGCGGAGGACUACCGUGGGUUGUUGAAGGCCGCCGUCAGAGACCCUAACCCCGUCAUCUUCCUCGAAAACGAAAUCGCCUACGGUGAAGAAUUCGACAUCUCCGAAGAAGCGUUGCUGCCGGACUUUGUCCUCCCCAUCGGCAAGGCCAAGAUCGAGCGCGAAGGUACCGACGUCACCUUGGUGUCGCACACCCGCUCGGUGAUGUUCUGCUUGCAAGCCGCCGAAAUCAUGGAAAAGGAGUACGGCGUCUCGUGCGAAGUGGUCAACUUGCGGUCGAUUAAGCCCAUGGACGUGCCCCUGAUCGUCGAGUCGGUGAAGAAGACCAACCACUUGGUGACGGUGGAGGCUGGGUUCCCCGCCUUCGGUGUCGGGUCGGAAAUCUGCGCCCAAAUCAUGGAAUCGGAAGGGUUCGACUACUUGGACGCCCCCGUCGAAAGAGUCACCGGGUGCGAAGUGCCUACCCCUUACGCCAAGGAACUCGAAGACUUUGCCUUCCCUGACGCCGAGGUCGUCACCCGCGCCAUCAAGAAGGUGUUGUCGAUGUAA